CGCCCAACGCGGAAGCCGCUCGCUGCGCGCCGGGUCCGGCCGCGGGCUGAGCGCCGAGCCGCGGCGGGCGCCGGAUACCGGCCGGGGUGCGAGCGGAGCUCUUCGUCCCUCCUAAGCCGGACCGAGCGGGCGGAGCGGGGCCGAGCGCGGCGGCGGGCGGAGCGGGGCCGAGCGCGCCGGGGCCGCCGCCGUUGGGAUGCGGCUGCCUCCCCGGGCCGGCGAGUAGAGAGGGCGGGUCCCCGGCCUGGGAGCGCGACGGUGGAGGGGACCGAGGCGGCGGCCAUGGCGACCCCCGGCAACCUGGGGUCCUCCGUGCUGGCGAGCAAGACCAAGACUAAGAAGAAGCACUUCGUAGCGCAGAAAGUGAAGCUCUUUCGGGCCAGCGAUCCGCUGCUCAGCGUCCUGAUGUGGGGGGUAAACCACUCGAUCAAUGAACUGAGCCAUGUUCAAAUCCCUGUUAUGUUGAUGCCAGAUGACUUCAAAGCCUAUUCAAAGAUAAAGGUGGACAAUCACCUUUUUAACAAAGAAAACAUGCCGAGCCAUUUCAAGUUUAAGGAAUACUGCCCGAUGGUUUUCCGAAACCUGCGGGAGAGGUUUGGAAUCGAUGAUCAGGAUUUCCAGAAUUCCUUGACCAGGAGUGCACCCCUUCCCAACGACUCCCAGGCACGCAGCGGAGCUCGAUUCCACACAUCCUACGACAAAAGAUACGUCAUCAAGACCAUUACAAGUGAAGACGUGGCUGAAAUGCACAACAUCCUAAAGAAAUACCACCAGUAUAUAGUGGAAUGUCAUGGGAUCACCCUUCUUCCCCAGUUUUUGGGCAUGUACCGGCUUAAUGUUGAUGGAGUUGAAAUAUAUGUGAUUGUUACAAGAAAUGUGUUCAGUCAUCGUUUAUCUGUAUAUAGGAAAUACGACUUAAAGGGCUCUACAGUGGCCAGAGAAGCUAGUGACAAAGAAAAGGCCAAAGAACUGCCAACUUUAAAGGAUAAUGAUUUCAUUAAUGAGGGCCAAAAGAUUUAUAUUGAUGACAACAACAAAAAGGUGUUCCUGGAAAAACUGAAAAAGGAUGUUGAGUUUCUUGCCCAGUUAAAGCUCAUGGACUAUAGCCUGCUUGUGGGAAUCCACGACGUGGAGAGAGCUGAACAGGAAGAGGUGGAGUGUGAAGAGAAUGACGGGGAAGAGGAGGGGGAAAGCGAUGGUGCCCACCCCGUUGGAACUCCUCCAGACAGUCCUGGAAACACGCUAAACAGCUCCCCACCCUUGGCUCCAGGGGAGUUCGAUCCAAACAUUGAUGUUUAUGGAAUUAAGUGCCAUGAAAAUGCACCUAGAAAAGAGGUGUACUUCAUGGCAAUUAUCGACAUUCUGACUCAUUAUGAUGCAAAAAAGAAAGCUGCCCACGCUGCAAAAACUGUUAAGCAUGGCGCUGGUGCAGAGAUCUCGACCGUGAACCCAGAACAGUAUUCAAAGCGCUUCUUGGACUUUAUUGGCCACAUCUUGACGUAACCUCCUGCACAGUCUCAGAUGGACAUGAGCAUGGGAAGGACAGAGGUGACUUCAGUGUAUAAAAGAUGAAAACCAAACUCAGUGAAGCACACCACCUCGUUUACAUCUUAGGCCAAGAUGACUGAUUUGGGGGCUACUCGCUUUAACAGCUACCUGAUAUUUCCCAGCAUCAUUCUAGCUAUUUCUGACGUGUGUGUGUGUGUGUGUGUGUUGUGUGUGUGUUGUGUGUGUGUUGUGUGUGUAUAUCUUCAAAAUUAAUUAAUUAAUGAAAACCGAUCAGCUUCAAUCAGAGUGUGUUUGGGCAACCACCCUCUGAUUCCAGCUGUGGACGAGUGAAUGAAUGAAUGAAUGAAUGAGCCUAUGCGGGGGGAGGGGAAAAGGAAAUGCAUGUCAGACCAACCAUGUUGGCAUCACACGAUAAACUGUAGAUCAGUUUACUUUUUGGAGUUGAAAUAUGUGAGACAGUAUUCAUAAUAAUAAUGAAGAUAAUAAUAAUGAUGAUAAUAAUAAUGAUGGUGAUUAAAAGAAAAAACUUAACCAUGAAUGUUACACUCCUACCACGCACGCUGACACUCCUUAAUAGUUGCACCCCAAGCCUCUGGCACUGGACAGAGGAGUGCUGGCAUCUCCUGCGGGUCCUGGUUCAGGGUUCUGCUCCACACGGUGUCAGGACUUCUGAUGUCCCAGGACAAAUGCCCCUCCUCCAGCAAGAAGCUGAUGCCCCUAGUGAUUCUAUUUGUACAUUUUCACCUCAGUAAAUACAUCCAGGAAAACUGCUUACUUCCCUUUUCUUGCCUGGAGCUUCUUUACUGUUACACUUAUUUUGCAACAUAAGAAUUAAUGCUACAAAAUAAAAAUAAAGCUUACCUGAAAAGUGCAUAGUUUGGGGCAAUGGUAUCUACAUCUCCCGUGGUGGGAAGGUGAGCAAAGCAUUAGAACACUCAAUUCUCCUGUUCUGAUUACAAAUCUGAAUUAUAAGAUGUUUAUGUUUGACCAUUGUUUAAACAGUGGUAUUUCGUUAUGAAUUAUCCCUUUAACUGAAACCCUCGAUAUUACUGUUUACAUUAUUAGGAAAACAGGGAUAUUUUUGAAUCUAAAAAUUUAAUGUACAGCAUGUGAUUUUUGAAGUUUACAUGUAAAGUCAUUUUACAGUGUAGGUGAAUUAAUGUUUGUCAUAUUUUGAAGUGUAACCUGCAGUCAUAUUUUGGGGUGAAUGUUUUAUUCAAAGUACAUGGUAGGCAGUCUUUCACAAUUAAAGGAAAAGAAUUGUUUUUGUUUCUUCCAAAUGUACAUUUAUGAACCUAAUGAUUUUUUUAAUGCUUAACCCAAAUCUGGUUAUGUAAGUUCAUUGCCCUAAACUGUGCUGAUGUGUUUAAUCAAGUUAUAAAUUUCCAACAUCAAUCAUGUAUUUACCAACUUUCCAGCAUUUUCUGAAAGGCGUCAAGCUUAAAACAUUAGACUUGCUUAGAAUAGGUUAUCAACUUACACACUGUGCUAAAGCUGUGCCUUUGAAAUUCCUUGUUUAAAACAUGAGAUGAUUUUUGUAGGCAGUUUCAGAAAAGACAAAAAAAUACACCCUUCAAUAAUUACUUAUAACUCAACCAAUACCCCCUGCCAUACUGCCUCUUUCAAUGACUUUACUUCAGGGCUUGCCAAGACUGUAAUUGUGCCCAGUGUAUGUAGGUUUACUCCAGAAAACACAAGGGAAUAGCAAAUCGGUGACUUUGGAACCCUGCAGCAACACCAUCCUACUGCUACCUACUGACUUCAUGUAGAUCUGUUAUCCUUAGCAGAUGAUGUUAACACCACUAUGUCAUGGUCGUCCAAAUAUGUGUUUCAUGCAUUUAAAUUAAUUGAGACUGGGACUCAGUUUCCCACCCACCUCCAACCUCCACUAUUCAUUCUGGAAUCCAGUCACUUUCAGUGUUCUGAAGUUAUCCUGUAGUUUCUUUGACCCAAGACUACAAAAGUGAGACCCUGAAGUAAGGUUAAGAUACACUCACAUUAUUUGAGCAACUAUUUCCUUUAUGGCCAAUCUGUGUAUGCUUUUAGAAGUUUACAAAAUGCUUUAUUUUUGUCUGUAACAGUCUCAUUCAUUUCUAUUGAUAAACUGUUUGGACAGAGUGAGGAAGUUUGCCUUGUAUCUCCUAGUGCUAACAAUACACUCCAGUCAUGAGCCAGGCUUUACAAAAUAAAGCACUUUGAUGACUUA